AUGUUUGUUUAUGUAGGAGCUGAAGCAAUUGAUUAUAAUCAAUUAGCUAAGGCUGAAAAAUUAAAACCAAUGGAAGCAGAAUUAAGAAAAUUGGAGCAGAUUGUUCAAGAAAUUGUUGAUGAAAUGGAAUAUUUAAGGAGAAGAGAGGCUAGAAUGAGAGACACUAAUGGUCAAUAUCUAGGUAAAACACGAGCACAUACUGAUCAAGAUGUUCAGGAGGCACUGAGAAAGGCUCAAAAAGCUCAAAAUAAAUGGUCAAAAACAUCAUUUGCUGAACGAAAUAAGUUUUUAAAUAAAUUUGGUGAAAUUCUUACAACUUGUGAAAGAAUAAGAUGGACUAUUGAAAAUGGCGAAAAAGAAUUAGCGCCUCAAUAUCACGAUCCAAGUCCUAUCUUACCUUAUAAAAUUGCUAAAAUUGUUUAUCAACCAUUUGCAUUAUAUUCAGGGAAUGGAAUUUUAGUUAAAGCAUCAGAACAAGUUGCAUGGUCAAUGAAAUAUUAUGAAAAUAUUAUAAAGACAUGUUUAAUUGCAUGUGGCCAUGAUCCUGAUAUUGUACAAUUUUUGUGUGGUUUUGCUGAAUGCGGUGAAGCUAUUGUCAAAAGUGGCGUUGAUGGAGUGACUUUUAUUGGAUCAUCAGAAGUUGGAAAAAAAGUCAUGAAAACAGCAUCAUAUAAUUUAACACCAUGUAUAUUAGAAUUAGGUGGUAAAGAUUGUGCAAUAAUUAGGCACGAUACAAAUCUAAAUGCUGCAAUCCCAAUAAUUAUGCGUGGUACUUUCCAAAACUCUGGUCAAAAUUGUGUUGGUAUAGAAAGAGUUUUAAUUCACGAGUCUUUACAUGAUGAAUUUAUUAAAAAAGUCACUAAACAAAUCGAAUUGAUGAGAAUUGGUAGUGCAUUAAACGACAAUGAUCAGUUUACUGUUGAUGUUGGUGCGCUAACAAUGAGUGGUCAGGCAGAAAGAUUAAAAUCAAUUGUACGCACUUCGAUAAAUGAAGGUGCAAAAUUAAUGGCAGGUGGGGACAUUUACACGCAUCCAAAAUAUCCAACUUCACAAUACUUCCAGCCAACACUUAUAACAGAUGUAACCAAAGAGAUGUCAAUUGUUCAACAUGAAUUGUUUGGACCAAUAAUGGUAGUAAUGAAAUUUUCAACAGAUGAAGAGGCAAUUGAAAUAUGCAAUAGUUCACCAUAUGGAUUGGGUAAUUCCAUAUUUACCCAAAACACUCCUAUAGCUGAAGAAAUGUCAUAUAGGUUAAGGUGUGGUAUGGUGAACAUUAAUGAUUUUGGUUCUAGUUAUUUAUCAAAUUUACCAUUUGGUGGUGUUGGAAUAUCUGGUUUUGGAAAGUUG